AUGCGGCUCGUUAUAAAAAAUUUGCCACCAAAAAUUACAGAAAGCAACAUAAGAACGAUUUUUGAAGAGUACGGUACCAUCACGGACAUAUUUCUUAUGAAAAAGAAUGAGUUGGUUAAUAGGGGGGUGUGUUUUAUAGGUUAUAGCAAGCAAGAGUAUGCCAGAGAAGCGAUCAGGCAGAGACACCGUAGUUACGUCCAAAAUAGACAGAUAACGCUUGAAAUGGUUAGAGAUGAAGGAUUAAAACAGUUAACGAAAGAAUUGAAAAGUAUGGGAAGCGAAUCCAAUCGUGAUGACGACGAUCUACCUGUCGAAAUAAAGAGCAAAUCGUUGUAUUUAACAAAAUUGCCACCAAUGGUAUGCAAAGAGGACAUUUUGAACUAUUUUAGUGAUUGCAGUGUUAAGGACAUUGAAAUGCUAUUGGACGAGAAAACAGGCAAAUUCUACGGCCAUGCCGUAAUUACGAUGAACGAUCUCGAAAGCGCAAAGAAGGCAAUGGAACGAAAGGAUGUGCUUUUAGGGCGUAGGAUUAGUGUAUCAUUCUACAAAGAGCCUUCAUCCAAGAAAACUUACUAUUCACAGCUGUUUUUUAAUUUUGAAUCUGUGGUUGAGUCAAUUUGCAACGAGGAGAAGAUUACGAGAAAGGAGCUGCUGAAUUUGAAGGAUGAGAACUUAGGUACGCGCAUAUCUCUGGUUGAGACACAUCUUGUCGAGCAAACACGCCGAUUUUUGGAGAACAACAAUAUCAACCUCGAUAAUUUGACCGGAAAAGUAAAUAAGAAGGUCCUUAUUGUACGGAAUAGCAAUCUCCUGUCCCUUAAUUUCAGGAGCUGUGCCAUAAAAGUGGCACCGUCCAAGUGUCUGGCGCUCCUUGAGUUCAAAUCUGAAGAGGCGGCUAAAAAAGUUUACGAUGAACUGCAAUACAGGAGAGUAAAAGACAAGGCGAUAUAUGUCGACUUUCUGCCUGUGUCGAAAGUUGAACACAAAGAAAUUGAAUUUACAAACAAGAUUAUCAUCAAAAACAUACCAUUCCAAGCUAAUAAGGAGGAGAUCAAGCGCAUAUUGACAUCACAGGUUAAGCUGAAGGAUAUAAGACUCCCAAAAAAGAGAGACGGCAUGCACAAAGGAUAUUGCUUCGUUACUUUGAACAGCCCUGAGGACGCCAAGGCUGUGUAUCAAUAUUUCGGGAACAACACACACUUAUACGGCCGAAGAUUGGUCAUCGAACCUGCCCAGAAAUGAUACGGUGAAGUGCCCGUCUGACACCAUUUCACUAUUCUGCAAAUAAAAAGUUACGGUAUAAAACGAAAUAUGAUUUAAAGAGCAGCACGAUCCAAUUGUUUUGUCAAUAAAGAUCAUUUAUACACCAAUUGCAUCCAUAAUUGCACUGUGUUACGAAUUGAAUGGGAAUAAACUUUUUGAACAAGCACAGUGUUACACUUCCCUAAUGGUGCUGGUUGAAUGCAUAACUCCAACGUUUUGCCAGGCUCACUUCCAUAGAAUUUUGCCACGCAUCAUGCUAAUAACACCUGCCAACAAACAGCAAGCUGCUUUAAAGCUUGUUUCAGAUAUAAGCACGGCCAUACGUUCCGCAAACAAAAAAAUGUAUUUACUAUCCCAUUCAUACAACAUAAGUUUUUGUUACACGUUCUACGUUAUAAAUGGUGUGAUUCGAUACCGUUUCAUGUUUCAAAUAGGGAUAUCCAUCAAAAACACAAAACAAGGGUGCACCCCCAAUGGAACUCGAUUAUUACUUUUAUCCCGAUGAGUACUUGGAAUAUGAUUUAGACGACUUGAACAUCCCAGUUUCAAUUUUCUUUGAGACAUGCGAAGACGAGCUAGAGGAUUAUCCUCUGCCACAUGCCAAGAAUGAAAAGUUUAAGCUUGACUUCGGAAUAUUUGACUUUAACAUAAAGUAAAACUAAUAUAACAGAUUGUAUACGUGAUUUAUACCGUGAACAACACACAAAUUACGUUUAUUUCUCGAUGCUAUUUACUCGUCGCAACUUUUACAAGAAAUUACCGUUCCUCAUGUCUUCUUAAUAAAACAUCCUUUUGCA